AGCAUCUAGACUGAUACAAUGCAGGGAGAGAGAGGAAACAAAAUAAUGGGGAAUUCAGGCAGUCUCAUCCGACUAACGCUCUAGCUACAAGAGCUCUGAGGGACUUAACGCAGCUCCAGAACGCACAACGAUACAAAGCGAGAGACCGUACUCGGAGUAGCCAGGGAACAGUGGAGCAGACUGCUUAACAGCAGGGCAUGCUCUUCACAAGUGAAGCUAAUAGCCACGGGAUGAACACUUGCCAUCGCAGUUUUUCUUUCUCUGUAACAGCAUCAGAUACUGAAAGAAAGGGAGCUAGCAAGACAGCAGAGGGAAACUACAGGGCUCUGAAUCGAAGGAUGUACUGCACGCGUCUGCUCGACAGUUAGAGGCAGAGGACUCCCUCUGGAUAUAAAAGGCUACUCUGCCAUCCCGUAUCCCCCACCAGGCUUGAAGGCGUAUUGGGCUUGUGAUCGCUGGAUCAUCUGAGUUGGCAACACGACACACUGGGACAGUCGAGAGAAAAGAGUCUACAUUCCGCUGGACGGAACAUGUAACAAGAGGCAAUUGAAAACAUCAAGUGCUUCGAUAUUCAUGCAAGGGCAGACACUGUACUGUAAGCAAACAUUAAUGGACACAGGACAUAAAGCGCAGUGGAAAGGACUACUGCCUGCAGAUUUCUCUGAAUCCCAGGGUAGUGAGAGCUCAGCUUUAAUGAAGAAACGUCAAACCUGCUAACAAUCUCACCAAAGGGGACACAAUACCCUGAAGACCAAGCAUGGGGUCACCAUGGAAACCACUUCUUUUCCUGUCAAUCAUCAGUGGCCUUUCAGAAAUUUCUAAAGCUAUUGCUGGGCGGCCUGUUUCAUAUGCUGCUAUUUUAAGAAUUAAGCCGGACAGCUCAUCAUCAUCUCUGCUCAGUUCAAAGAACAGACCCAGAUACAGCCAUUCCAGUAGUGGGUCCUCAAAAUUGCACGAAUGGCCAGACUUUUCCCAUCAAUACCUGGCAUCAAGGAGUAUCUUUAGUUCAACUGAGAGUUUCAGGAAAGGUGAAAGUAUGGAAUUUGGACCCGUGUUUCUUCAAGAGCCAGACAAUGUCAUCUUUGCCUUGGAUUCUGAUGAGAGGAAGGCGACAUUGAACUGUGAAGCCAGAGGAAACCCUUCACCCACCUACAGGUGGUUGAUGAAUGGAACAGAAAUAGACAUCAGCGUCGAUUACCAUUACAGCCUGAUAGAUGGAAGAUUGAUUAUCAUCAAUCCCAGUGAAGCAAAUGAUUUUGGGAGAUAUCAGUGCUUGGUAGCCAACAGUUUUGGUGUCAUCAUCAGCAGGGAUGCUGUCCUGCAAUUUGCAUACCUUGGUAAUUUCAGUGGGCGGACGAGGGGAGCUGUAUCAGUCCGUGAAGGGCAAGGUGUGGUUCUCAUGUGUUCUCCUCCUCCGCAUUCCCCAGAGAUCACAUAUAGCUGGGUUUUUAAUGAGUUCCCCUCAUUUGUGGCAGAGGAUAGCAGGCGAUUCAUCUCCCAGGAAACUGGAAAUCUCUACAUCUCCAAAGUUCAGCCCUCAGACGUUGGCAGCUACAUCUGUCUGGUGAAGAACACAGUGACGAAUGCGAGGGUCCUGAGCCCACCAACACCACUGACAUUGAAAGCAGACGGUAUAAUGGGAGAGUAUGAGCCAAAAAUCGAGGUGCAUUUUCCUCUCAUAGCUACUGCUGCCAAAGGAGUAACUGUGAAAUUGGAGUGCUUUGCACUGGGAAAUCCAGUCCCCACAAUUACAUGGAGAAAGCUGAAUGGCAACAUCCCUAAAAAAGCACGGCUGCGGAAAUCACAGGCUGUUCUGGAGAUUCCCAACAUUCAGCUGGAGGAUUCUGGGACCUAUGAAUGCAAAGCUGAGAACUCCAGAGGAGGGAAUGCUUUUCGGGGUCAGCUCCAGGUGUACACUUAUCCCCAGUGGAUCCGGAUGAUUAAUGACACCCAGCUGGACAGUGGAGAGCAGCUCCAGUGGGAGUGCAAGGCCACAGGAAAGCCACGACCCACUUACCGCUGGCUACACAAUGGAAUUCCUUUGUCUAUACAGAGCAGAAUGGAGAUGGUUAAUGGAGAACUGAUUAUUCGGAAUGUCAACCAGUCUGAUGCUGGGAUGUACCAGUGCAUUGCGGAGAACAAAUAUGGAGCCAUUUACUCUAGUGCAGAGCUGAAAAUUCUAGCCGCAGCUCCCAGCUUUGAGCCAGGCCCUGCGAGGCAAACAGUUAUGGGUACUGUGGGUAAAGACAUAUUGCUGGAGUGUAAACCCCAAGCAUCUCCCAAGCCAAGCAUUAUCUGGACGAAAGGAGAACGGAAAAUCCAGCAAAGCAGGAGGAUCACUAUUCUGAGGAAUAACACUCUCAGGAUUGUGAAUUCGACUAAAUCUGAUGAAGGCAGCUAUGUGUGCCAUGCAGAGAAUCGCUUUGGUGGUGCUGAAAUGACAACCACUGUGUGGGUUAAAGAAGCCAUGCGCCUGGAGCUCAGUCCUGUCCGAGUGGAGGUCACGGUGGGAGAAAGCGUUGUUCUCAGCUGCAGGGCCUUCCAUGAUCCUACUUUGGAAGUGUCAUUCCUUUGGUUAUUGAACAGGCAGCUCAUCAAUUUUAAGCAAGAAGGUGGACAUUUCGAAUACAUCAGGACACAGACAUCCACAGCAGAUCUAAUGAUUAGAAACAUCCUCCUGAAGCAUGCUGGGAAAUAUGGGUGCCGGGCUCAAACCAGUGCCGAUACCUUGUACACAGAAGCUGAACUGCUUGUCAGAGGUCCCCCAGGGCCUCCAGGAAUUGUGAUAGUGGAGGAAAUUACUGAUGUCACAGCAACACUAUCCUGGAGUCGUGGAGUGGAUAAUCACAGUCCAAUCACUACCUAUAAUUUGCAGGCAAGGAGCCCGUUUUCAUUAGGAUGGCAGACGGUUAAAACAGAUCCUGAUCCCGUGACUGGUGAAAUGGAAUCUGCCAUGGCUAUCGAGCUGAACCCUUGGGUUGAAUAUGAAUUCAGGGUGGUUGCAACCAAUGCCAUUGGAACAGGAGACCCUAGUGCCCCUUCUAGGGUGGUCAGGACGAAAGAAGCAGUUCCCUCCGUGGCCCCAGCAAAUGUCAGUGGAGGAAGUGGCCGGCGACAUGAACUGGUUAUAUCGUGGGAGCCAGUGUCAGAAGAAUAUCAGAAUGGGGAGGGAUUUGGAUACAUUGUGGCUUUCAGAGCCAAUGGGACUCGAGGCUGGAAAGAAAAAAUGGUAACGUCAGCUGACUCCACCACUUUCAAAUACCGUGAUGAGACCUUCCCUCCAUUAACCCCAUUUGAAGUGAAGGUGGGAGUUUAUAACAACAAAGGAGAUGGGCCCUUCAGCAAAGUUGUCACUGUCUACUCUGCAGAAGGAGAGCCCAGGGAAGCCCCCUCUGAAGUGAAGGCAGCCAGUGUGUCUUCCUCUGAGAUCCAGGUAGCAUGGAGGCCUCCUACUCCUGGUCCAGGAAGACCCCAAGGAUAUGAGGUGAACUUCUGGAAGGAUAUGGAGCAGGAAGAAUCAGGGGAAAAGCUGAAAACUCCUGGAAAUGAGACGGCCAUCUUAUUAACUGGUUUAGAGGGAAACACUUUGUAUCACAUCACAGUGAAGGGCUACAACAACAUCGGCCAAGGCCCCGCAAGCACUGCUGUUCGUGCAAAAACCAAGAAAUCACCUCCAAGUCAACCACCCAGCAAUCUCAUGUGGAUUCAGGAUGGAGAUAAUGUGUCCUUAGGAUGGGAGCCUGUGAAAUCACUUGAUAAUGAAUCUGACGUCAUGGGUUACAAGGUCUUACUUCGUCAAGAGGGCAGGAGCCACAGUCAGGUGAUAGAGACAAGCAGUACCUCGGCUGUAUUGUCCCUUACAGAUGGUGGGACCUACAUCAUUGAGGUGCGAGCUUUCAGCGAAGGGGGAGAGAGCACAGCCAGCUCACAAAUCAGAGUCCUCAAGUCCUCAGGUGUCAGAGCUAAAAGCCACCAGAGAUCCAUUCACAGUCUAUCAACAUGCUCAGUGACAACAACAUUACUCCUGGCUUUAGUGAUCCCCUCUGCUCCAUGGUGAGGUUGGACGACAAGCUCCUCAGAUAUUGCUGGAGCUGAACUUUUUAUCUGAAAACAGGUGGUUUGCCUGGCCUUAUCCCUUUGACAGACCCAGAGACAUGGUGAUUAGGACAGCUCAUCCCAAAAAAAGGAAGGAUUGAAAAUAUGCAUUUUUAUUUUUUAGUUUGUUCUGUUUUUCCAAGUCUUUCCAAUAUCACUAUAGUAUUGUAUUGUACAGUGUGGGGAAAGAGUCAUUCAUUCCUUUAAGCCAGCUAACAGGGCUCCUGUGCCAUGAACUUUGCCAUCUACUGAAUUUUAAAAUAUUCAUCUAAACCUGAAGCUCUAUGGUAAGUGGAGUGUUUACCAUUUAAGCUAUCGUGGCUGUUAAACUAGGGCUUCUUUUAAACUGGUUCUCUUUGUCAAUUAUUUCUAUCACUUUCCCCUUAGCUGCUAAUAAGAAAGAAGAAGCAAGAGGAGUACAGUAGAAAUAAGUGCAUUGUUUUCUUAUGGACAAAAGUUUUUUAUAGUAUCAGAGUCUUACUAUUUCAAGAUCUGCUUUUUGUACUUUGUGUUACCUUUAGGAAAAGUGAUGUGUGUAUCGGCUAUGUCAACGUUUUUGUUUUUCUAUAGCCAACAAUGAUGCUAGGUGAAGACAGGGAGACUUGCUGUAUGUACCAGAUAGAUAACAGGCUCUUACCUGUAGUGCCCAAAUUAAUUAUUAGAAGAUGACAAAAUGACUCUGUGGCAACUCUAAUGGUGAUUAACAAAACAAUAAAUGUGAUGUAUAUUUUUAAUGCAUAAUGGUCUGUCUGUUCAUUAAAGUGAAACAGAAGGAAAA